AUGGAGCAAGUACAGGGAGUGGUAAAGCACUUAGUUCUAGCCAAGUUCAAAGAUGAAGUCACAGAAGAAGAAAUUGAGAAACACAUAAAGGACUAUGCCAAUCUGCUUAACCACAUCGAACACCUGAAGUCUUUCCAGUGGGGGACAGACGUGAGCAUUGAGAACCUUCAUCAAGGUUUCACUCAUAUCUUCGAAUGUACCUUUGAGAAUUUAGAGGGCCGAUCAGCAUUUGUAUGUCAUCCUGCUCAUGUUGAUUUUGCAACUGCUUUCCUGCGUAUCUUGGAGAAAGUCGUCCUGGUCGAUUUCGUUCCCACCGUCGUUAAACUCUAA